AUGAUUUCGCAUCUCAAUCAACAUCGCCUUAUUGCUAUGAGCGAUCAGAAUUAUGAUGUUGAGCGAGACGUCGCAGCCUUCUUCACUAAGACGACGGUCACUCGAGAUGCUUGCGACCUCCGCGCCAAGGAGCUCGUUACUGGCGGAUUGCAACUUGUGCCUACACAAGGCGCCUGCAGUUACACAAUCUACGGCGGCACCACUCUCGGCUCAGUCAUUCAAUUCCGCCUGAAGUCGGUAGCUCUGCCUUUGAAGACAAUGGAGCUUGCACGUCAAGUUUACGGCAAAUUUGCACCCAAGGUCGCAUUAGAAGGCCAGAUUGGAGACGACGAUACAAAUGAUGGCAGGGAGGCUCUUGUGGUCUACGUGAUGCCUCGCAUGCAAGGCAUAAGUCGUCUCGACUUUAUUCUUGCUCAUGGCUAUCCUGAAGACACACAAAAGAUUUGCGAAGCGCGCCUCACAUUAAUCAAGGACGUUGCCACCUUCUUCGCACUGUCGUGGAAGGCGCCACAAAUUCUUGAGCAAGCACAACUUCACACACUAGAACAAGAGUACGAAGGGGACCUCCAUUUACUCCAGCAUGCACUGCCCCGGCGCUACCAAACUGUGAUCCAGCGUUGCUUGCAAGCACUACCAUCCAUCAUGGCUUUACCGAUAGUGCUUGCUCACAAGGACUUUGGCGACUUCAACAUGCUUGUUGAUCCCGAUACUUGCCAUCUGCUUGGUGUCAUCGACUGGGCUGAAGCCAAACUAGAACCCUUCGGAGUCAAUCUCUACGCUGUCGAGAAACUGAUGACCAAAUUCCACCUUCGUAAUGGCGCUUCUCGGUACCCAAACUACGACACACUCUACGAUACCUUCUGGCAAACACUUAAAGCAGAGAUCAGCGCAGAUCUCAGUGAUGCGACUGUGUGCACGAUCAGAUCGGCGAUGCUCCUUGGAUUUUUGCUUGAACAUGGAUUCACGAGCCGUCUUGCCAAUAUGCCUGAGCCAGUUCCUAUUUCUGACGAUAACACGGAGGGGGCGUACAAAAUGCUGGAGUUGGAAAGCUUCUUGAUCCAAGCAGAGACGAGAUUUCCAUUUUUAGCGAGCGCGGACUAG